AUGAAGCACCUCGCAGCAUACCUCCUUCUCGGCCUGGCCGGUAACACCGACCCCUCCGCAGACGACAUCAAGAGCGUUCUAUCCUCUGUCGGCAUCGACUCGGACGAGGACCGUCUCGAGAAGUUGAUCGAAGAGCUAAAGGGCAAAGACAUCAACGAGUUGAUCGCUGAGGGUUCGACCAAACUUGCGUCUGUCCCAAGCGGCGGUUCUGGCGGUGGUGCUGCCCCUGUUGCUGGUGGUGCUGCCGCCGGCGGUGAGGCCGCUGCCGAGGAGGAGAAGGAGCCAGAGAAGGAGGCUGAGAAGGAAGAGUCCGACGAGGACAUGGGCUUCGGUCUCUUCGACUAA